CGGGUAGAGAUGCUUGCAGCUGUGGGAUGAGGAGAGCGGUACUCGGCUCAGCCUCACCGGUGUAAACAAACAACAUGGUGGCGGCCUUCAGCAGGGUGGCCUCACGCGGGGCUGCCUUCACCCGGGGGCUGCGAUACCCCAACAGUGCACUGCUUGUGGUGGUGAAGGAUACGCCAUGCUGGACCGCCGCCGCCGCCGCCAGCUACCACAGUCGUUCCUUGGGGCUGCAGGUGGGAGGGAGCAUGAGACAAACACACAGCCACCCACUCCUGCGGUCCACUCCUGUCAUUACUGUCCGCGCCGUUCUCACUUGUCCUCCCGGCGCGCCAGGUCAUCGCCAGUUGAGUUCCUUCAGUGACAUCUUCAAAAGUGCAUUCACAGUCAAAGCCUCGUCACAAGACACAGAUGUCAGCGCAGGUGUGGACAGUGUUGGUGCGGGUUUGCAGUCUCCUGUGGUGGGUGUGGGUGUGGAUGGCAGUGUUGGUGGUGUGGGUGUGGCUGAUAUCUCCACGUCUGUGCCUCCACCUCCACCUCCUCCGUCACUUCAAGCUGCUUCUGAGACAGUGGAGUACAUCCCCCUGCCCCCGGUGCCCCCUGAUGCAGUGGAAGUGCCCUUGACAGCCUUGGGGGAGCCCACGUUUGCCAGCCUGGGUCUUGGUGGCUGGAGUCCUAUUGGGAUCAUGCAGAAUUGUCUAGAAUAUAUACAUAUUAGUGGCACCCUUCCUUGGUGGGCCACUAUUGCUAUUGCAACGGUCAUCUUGCGUAGCCUCAUCUUCCCUCUGGUGGUGGUGUCACAGAGGAACGCUGCCAAGAUGAACAACUACAUGCCGCAGCUACAGGUCCUGCAAAUGAAGAUGACAGAGGCCAGAAACAGUGGAGAUCAGAUUAAUGCUGCCAGGUACAGUCAAGAGAUGGUCAUGUUUAUGAAGGAGAAGGAAUUGAGUCCCCUUCGCAAUAUUGUCGUGCCUUUUGCUCAGGCACCAAUCUUCAUCUCAAUGUUCAUCGGGCUACGUCGUAUGGCCAACCUGCCAGUGGACAGCUUGAGGGAAGGUGGCCUGGCAUGGUUCACUGAUCUCACCCUGGCUGACCCAUACUACCUCCUGCCCAUCAUUACCUCCUGCACCAUGCUGGCCACAAUUGAGCUUGGCACUGACGGGGCACGGCUGAGCUCACAGAACAUGCAGGCAAUGAAAUACGUACUGAGGGCACUUCCCUUCGUUAUCUUCCCCUUCACCAUGAACUUCCCUGCUGCCAUUUUGUGUUACUGGGUGUCCACAAACCUGUUCUCUCUGGUGCAAGUUGGGUUCCUGCGUGUCCCAGCUGUGAGGGAUUACUUCAAGAUCGAUCCGCUCAUCAAACACAAGCCAGAGACACUGCCAAAGAAGAAGGGAGCGGUGGAGGGAUUUAAGGAGUCCUGGAAAAACAUGAAGAUUGCAAGGGAGAUAGAAGAGAGGCACCGAUAUGAUGAGAUGAGGUUCAAGAAGGCCGGCACAGGACCUGUAGUGAGGACUUACAGACACGACCCAACCAAGAAGAUCAUAAACGUGCAGGCCAAGGUGAAGAAGUGAGGCGAGGGAGAAGGUGCUGGAGACAAGGAAAUGUGAAGCAGAACCAAGGAUAGGGAGAUGUCUUAGAGAGCUGUUAAUGGGGAACCAAAGGAGGAAAGGAGAUAUGGAAGAAAAAUAGAGAAUAGAAGGUGUUUGAGUGUUCUAAGGGAGGUGCUGAAGGAAACUGAAGGAAUGUGAUUAAGAGAGGAAAUGAAGGAGGGAAGGAAUUAUGAAGGGAAAUUAGAGAAUAAGUGUUUGAGUGUUCUAAGGGAGGUACUGAAGGAAAGUGAAGGAGUGUUUAGGAGGGAAAAUGAAGAAGGGAAAGAGAUGUGAAGGAAAACUAGAGAGAGGGAGAAGUUUCAGUCCACUAAUGAAAGGGAAAUGAGAAAGAUGGAGGCACUGAGAGAAAAACGGAAACUACUGAACUCAGCUGAAUGUAACACUGAAAAAAAAAAAAACAUUAUUUAUUAUUAUUCUUAUAUCCAUCCAUUUCCUUCCCCUAAAACAGUGAAGCUAAAUUUUGAAGAUUUGAAACAAGUCCGCAUUUCAUCUUGUAAACUAAUAAACUCAACUUGGCUCAGAGUAAAAGAUUGGAUAGAGUUUUCCUUGAUAUGGUAAGGUUGAGAGGCUCUGGUGGGGUUUGGGUCGGCCACAUCAACCACACCCUUAGCACUGUACAGAGAAAGAAUGUGUGUGUGUGUGUGUGUGUGUGUGUGUGUGUGUGUGUGUGUGUGUGUGUGUGUGUGGUGCCAUAUAAAUAAGAAUUAGAGUUGCCACACUUUUGUUUGUGUAUAUGUACAUUAUCUGUGAGAAUAUUGAAAAUAAAAAUUUUCAGUUCUUUCA